AUGGCGCUCGACCUCGGAACUGUCCUGGCCAUAAUCGAGAUCGCCGACAAGGCAAUCGAGAUCUACAAGCGCAUCGAUGGCCUUCCCCAGCAGAUGUCGCAACUGGGCCGCCGACUCACAAAGCUAAACAUCUUUCUUGUCCGCCUCGAGGUGUUUAUCAAGACCAAGCCCGUGACAGCUUCUGCGUCGCUCUAUCCAGGGCAACAGCAAGACCUUGGGAAACUUCUGGACGGCAUCAAGGAAAAUGUAACCAAGGUCUACGACCUCUUCGAGCGCUAUGAAAAGGGCAUCUUAUCACGGUCUAUGGACCUGGAGUUCCGCGCCAAAUGGAUAUCCAACAUCUGGUUCUCCCUCAUCGACAACAGCCCGGAAAAAAUCCAGCUCAUCAUGGAGGAGAUUGAUUACGACCGAAGUGUGCUAAGCGACUACAUGGCCAUCAUGGCCAUCGACCGCCCGCAAAGGCCGCCCGCUGCUGGCAGGAAACCCAACAUCACUAACAAAGCAGCCGCUGGAGCAGCACGGCCCGCGAAGCCCGCUGGCUCUCCGGUAAAGUCACGACGGGACUACAAAGUCCUUUUCGUCGACCCGUACAACACAGAGCGGAGCGUGAUCGCCGAAUCCUUGCUCAAGCUCUUCGGCGAGCGGACCAAGAACCUGAAGACCAAUGGAGGACCGGGCCCAGACUGGCGCAUUUCCGACGUGCAAUCGGCCGGGUUCUUCGUCAAGGCCGGCAGCGACUGCGUCGACGUCAUCGACAACCUGCAGUACAGCUUCGCCUCCUUCAAGAAGGACUGGCGGCCGGGCGGCCAGAAGCCUGUAGGCACGGCACUCGCAGCCGUCUUUGACAAUCAGUGGUACGACUACCCGUUUAAGCGGGCCGUUUGGGACGAGGCCAGUGGUCGGACCUCUCGCGGCCUGAGGAAAGACAUGUUCGCUCGUUUCGAUUUCAUCUUUGUCUUUACUCGCCGAGAGCACGACAACAUGGUCAAGCUUAAGGAGGCGCUGGGCAAAAACGCCGCAGCACCGCGAGGCAAGGGACGAGUCCUGCAUCUUGGGGCCUUUCUGGCCCAAGGCGCAGGCGGCGGCAGCAAGGAGAUUCUGUACCCCAAGACGAAUCCCGAUGGAAGCCAGAUCAGAUCCAACUGGAAUGGCAAAGUGGCUGAAAUCAAGACGGCGCUCAAGGAGUUCCUGAAGCAAGAGAUGCAGUGGAAACAACCCGAUGACAAGGACACACCCGCAAGCACUCAGAAAGCUGUCAGUACUGGGAAGUCAUGA